AUGAGGAAAGUUUUUAAGAAAUUCCGAUAUCGCUGUGUUUUAAAUGAAUCGCUAAUUUUCCUUGAAGGCAGAAGGAAGAGCCGAUGUAAUGCUCGAUUGGAGGGCCUAACUGAUCACGUAGCCAGGGCCGUUGCCAUUACCGGGAACACGGCUGCUACAACAACAACAACCUGUUCCGGGAAGGGAAAUGCGUUCGCGUUCGUUUCCUGUGGCGUGACGGCGCGACGCCGGGCUGGCGGUUGUGCGGGUCUCGGCCGGAUUGCACCAGUGAACUCACACUACACCAUCACCAACACCGACACCAACACAACAUCGACACUAGUGACCUUGGCAACUCUUGUAUCUCCAGUGUGUGUCAGCCAGCCACGCGACAUGGAGCUGCUGCCGCUGCUGCUGUGUGUCGCCAUGGUGAGCGUUGUGGAGGGUAUCAAAAAGUGUGGAACCAAGUGCAAUGACGUGUACACCCCCGUCUGUGGCCAUGACAGAAGACUCGGCUACUCCACGUUCUGCAGCAUGGAUGUCAUGGAACAGUGCAAUACAGACAGAGGCUACAAGUACCGGAAGAUCGCGGACGGUCCUUGCUACCCAUCGGUGAGGGAGUGGAGGAAACAACCGACCAGUCUGGAGAGUGACAGUCAGGAGUCUGAACCACUCCGGUCCUCUACAAGUCGGUCAACUCCUGCCAGAGUCCAAGAAGCGGGUUGAGGGACUACAAGUUAAAAAUACCUUGCAUAUGUGAUAUAUGGAAUUUAUAAGGUGUAUUUAUAAUGUACGGAGUCAGCUUGGUACUUUUUAAAUGGUCGGUUCAAAAAGUUACACUUGCAGUAUACAGACUUUGCAACUUAAGAGAGUAAUUUGGCUUAAUUGGAAGGUAUUGAUGAGGUAUUGGAGCACAAUGUUCUGACAAAAAAUUAAUAUUCGAAAAGCCUUAAGGAUCACAAUGCCGGUAACCCACAUCAGUUCCUGACCCUAAUCAUAAGUCUACCUUAAGAUGAAAAAUGUUGUUUCUUUAACUCUCAUCUAACUCAUCUGGAGAUAACAAAAAUAGCUGAUGACAACAAAACGCAAGUUUCCCACUUUACAUUCAACACUUGGCUUUUACUGACUAUUUAAGAAUUACCAAGAUGUGUCCAUUUACUCAACAUACUGUAAUAAAAAUAAAUACUCAAUGUAAAUAGGAUUUUCGUUUAUAUUCUUUCUAAUAAAAUAUUAAAACUGUUA